GUUUAGUUCUCAAUGGAUGCCAACAACAUCAGCCACGACACGCGAUCAGAUGUAAAACGAAGGACGUGUUUUGUUCACCGGACGUAAACGCAAGCUGAAUAUGAGUCAAAUGUCGUGAAUGUGAACGUAUUUACUACCUGACCAGAUGAGACGACUGAGAUCGCUAUGAAGACGAGUGAGGACUGCGUUUAGAUGAAUCCAGAUGUGCUGCAUGGCCUGACAGAGCGACAGACAGACAGAGGGCAUCGUCUCUCUGUUUAUAAACACACAUCCCUUCAUAGAAAGGAACCACACGGGUGGAUUGAUGCACCCUUUCCAGUGGUGCAACGGGUGCUUCUGCGGUUUGGGACUGAUCUACUCCAAUAAGACCUGCACUAUGGCAUCCGUCGCCUUUCAGGACCUUCCUCUCAAUAUCUAUAUGGUGAUCUUCGGCACAGGCAUCUUCGUCUUCGUACUCAGCCUCAUAUUCUGCUGCUAUUUUAUAAGUAAAUUGAGACAUCAAGCCCAAAGUGAACGCUUUGGAUACAGAGAGGUCAUUUUAAAAGGAGAUCCAAAGAAGCUGAAUCUUCAUGGGCAGACAUGUGCCGUGUGCUUGGAGGACUUUAAGGUGAAAGAUGAGCUGGGAGUGUUGCCAUGCCAACAUGCCUUUCACAGGAGGUGUGUGGUGAAGUGGCUGGAGGUGCGCUGCGUCUGCCCCAUGUGUAAUAAACCCCUGGCGGGAUCCUCCGAGCAGCACCAGAGCAUAGGCACACUGCUGGAUGAGCUGGUGUAGGGACAAGACCGACAUCAGCCUUCAAAAACUCUCUCUGGAGUCUUUUUUUUUUACAGACAUGAACAGACCUGACUGUGACUCUCACUGUAUUGUGAGACUGAACCUCACAGAUGAGGUCAAGAGGCAUGUUUUCUCGAUAAAACAUUAAGGGAGACCGUAGAUUCUUGAUUGAAGAAAUCUCUAGGCUAAGGCUUUGUAUCUUUUGAGUAAAAAAGCCUUUAAUUUAACAGCAAAUGCUAACUGAGAUGUUCAGUCAUAAUGCCGGUUUGUAUGCUAACUCAGAAGGCUAACUCACCUCCGGUUCCCUCAGGAAUUCACAAGGGGUUUUUAAUUGAGCGGGGUUUGAUUUCUGAGUAAAACAAGGCCUGUGGGAAACACUAUUUUAAGAUUUAUGAAGAAUUUAAAUUGGGAAACCCUUGAGUGCUUUAUAAACUCAAGCUGCUACAUACUGUACAGUAAGAACUACAACUACCACAAAGAUGUGUGUUUACACACUUGAUGAAACAAACAACCAUUGUAGUCUUCAUGUAGUGACUUUUUAAAGCACAAAAAAGUUUUAAAUUCUCAUUUGAGGUAUGAAUAUGUGUAAUUUGUGUUGUACAACAAAAUGUGCCAGAAUUAAAUGUAAACAGACCACUAAAAAAACCAACUGAAACUCCUGUGAGAAACCCUCUGGGUUUUAGGACUACAAAGUAAAUAUCUGUAUUGUAAAUGCUCUACAUCAGACCAGAUGAGGAGAAAACAGGAUUUACAUCAUUUCAGCACUGAACACUGGACCGCAAGUGACAACAGCACAGUGCACUGGGCCCAAAGAACUUUAUCACAGUG